AAAGUAUGAAAAAAUUGGCUGAAUUGACAAAUAAGGAAAUAAUUAGUUUAUUAUCAAAAUAAGCUCAUAUGGAAUUAUAAUCAAGUUUUUUAUAUUUAUAAUAUGCUUAUUGGUUUGAUAAUAACAAUUAUGAAGGAAUAGGAAAGUUUUUCAAAGCUGAAAGUGAAGAAGAGAGAAAACAUAGUGUUUAGAUAUUUGACUAUUUAAAUGUUAGAGGUGUUUAAGUGACAAUUGAUCCAUAAUAAACAGCUUUUCAAAAUUUGAAGACUUAGUUUGAGAAACCUGGAGAUUAUUUUGAAGCUUAUUUAGCAAGAGAACAUUUGAAUUAUUCUCUUUUAGAUAAGAUAGGAAAAUAAGCAUAAUAAAGUGAAGAGAUAUUAACACAUAAAUUUAUUGGCUCAAUGUUAGAAGAUCAAGCAUCAUCUGUAGAUGAGGCUGAAAAAUUAUAUGCCAAAGCUCAAGCUUAUUCUGCAUUUCCUGGAUUGUUUUAUCAUUUAGAUGUAUAAAUCAAAAAAGGAAGCCAAUCAUUUGAUACAUGGAAAACUAAGCAUUCAUGAUUUGAAUUUAUAUAUUGGU